AUUAGUGAUAAGUGAUCAGUAAUACAACAAAAUUAUAUUCAUAGUUGUUCUUACCAAUCGUACAAGGUACAACUAAUUUGAGUUCGACAAACUACGCGGUUUAUGGUGGUCGGUGACAGUUUAUUUCUAAAAUAAAUACUACACAGAAUAAUAGAAGUCAUCAAAAAAUUAAUAGGUACAAGGUUUGAUCUUUUUAAUUAAACAUGGACAGAGGUAUAAUAAUUAUUUGUAUGGUAUUCGUCUUCAGUCUGGGGACUGGCGGCGACAGUACUGUGGAGGCUCAAAACUCACAAGAAAAUAAAAAAUGUUUCACGCCAAAUGGUGAUAACGGCAAUUGCAUUAACAUAAAAAGAUGCCCAACGCUGCUUUAUCUAUUAGAAUAUCGGAAACAAAAUUCUUCGAUUGCCAAUUUUCUCAUAAAAUCCAAGUGUGGAUAUGAGGGUAGUUUCCCUUAUUACCCCAAGGUAUGCUGUCCAUUUGUGAACCAAAUUUAUGAAACGGUUUCGUCAAGAAAAUUGCCAUCUCAAGAAACUUGUGGACGGAGUAAUGUCAGUCGCGUUUUAAUUUUUGGAGGAAGUUAUGCUGAAUUAGGUGCUUGGCCCUGGAUGGCAGCACUUGGGUAUGAAGAUAUUGGUUUGAGAAUUACGGAAUAUAAGUGGAAUUGUGGUGGUACCUUGAUAUCAAAUCGAUACGUAUUAACAGCUGCCCACUGCACCGAAGGUCUUGGAAUGACUCGUUUGUCCGUUGUGCGUUUAGGUGAUUUGAACUUAAAUCCUUAUGUAGACGAUAAAGCUAAACCAAUAGAUUUUGAAAUUGCACGUAUCAUAAGCCAUAACCAACGUAACACACAAAAAUGGACCAAUGAUAUUGCAUUAUUAAAAUUAAAAAAAAUUGUUGAAUUCAAUCAAUUUAUUCAACCUAUAUGUUUACCCAUCUUAUCGCAUCAUAGAGCCACAUCGUUAGUUGAAUCUGAACUAACUAUUGCCGGUUGGGGUUUUACAAAUUUAAAUCAAAGUUCUGAUGCUCUAAUGCAAGUUGAGAUACCAGUGGUAGACAAUUUGAUAUGCAAAGAAAAAUAUAUUAAAGCUCAUUUCGAUAUUGAUGAUACACAAUUGUGCGCUGGAAUAAAAGGAAAAGACGCUUGUAGGGGAGAUUCUGGAGGUCCAUUAAUGUGGCCAAAUGGUUCACAAUAUUAUUUAAUGGGGGUUACGAGUUUUGGACAAGCAAAAUGCGGUGAACCAGAUUUUCCAGGUGUAUAUUCUAGGGUGACAUCAUUUCUCGAAUGGAUCGUAGAUAACAUGAAUUACAGAUCUUCUGAAUUGAACAUGGACAGAGGUAAAUUAAUUAUUUGUAUGGUAUUCAUCUUUAGUCUGGGAACUGGCGGAGACAGUAGUGUGGAGGAUCAAAACUCGGAAGAAAAUAAAAAAUGUUUCACGCCAAAUGGUGACAUCGGCAAUUGCAUUAACAUAAAAAGAUGCCCAACACUGCUUUAUCUAUUAGAAUAUCGGAGAAACAAUUUUUCUAUUGCCACUUUUCUCAGAAACUCUAUGUGUGGAAAUGAUGAUAAUUUCCCUUACUACCCCAAGGUCUGCUGUUUGUUGGAGGAUGAAAUUUACGAAACAAUUUCGUCAAUCAAAUUGCCAUCUCAAGAUACUUGUGGACGGAGUAAUGUAAUUCGCAAUCGAAUUGCCGGAGGACGUUUGGCUGAAUUAGGUGAUUGGCCCUGGAUGGCAGCACUUGGGUAUGUAGAUAUUAGUAUGAUAAAUCCGGAAUAUGAGUGGAAUUGUGGUGGUUCCUUAAUAUCAGAUAGAUACGUAUUAACAGCUACCCACUGCACCGUCGGUCUUGGAAUGACUCGUUUGGUUAUUGUGCGUUUAGGCGAUUUGAACUUAAAUUCUAAUGAGGAAGAUGGAGCUAACCCAAUAGAUGUUGCAAUUUCACGUGUCAUAAGAAAUAACCAAUAUAAUUCUGAUAAAAAGAAAAAUGAUAUUGCAUUGUUAAAAUUAAAAAAGAGUGUUGAAUUCGGUCAAUUUAUUCAACCUAUAUGUUUACCCAUCUUAUCGCAUCAUAGAGCCACAUCGUUAGUUGAAUCUGAACUAUUUCUUGUCGGAUGGGGUUCUACAAUGAUAAAUCCACGUUCUGAUCCUCUAAUGGAAGUUCAGGUACCAGUGGUAGACAAUUCGGAAUGUAAACAAAUAUACAAUACAUAUAAAAUUAAUAUCGAUGAUACACAUUUGUGUGCUGGAAGAAAAGGAAAAAACGGUUGUAGUGGAGAUUCUGGAGGUCCAUUAAUGUGGCCAAAUGGUUCUCAAUUUUAUUUAGUGGGAAUUAUGAAUUUUGGAAAUUAUGAUUGCAAUACAACAAGUGUUCCACCUGUAUUUGCUAGGGUGACAUCAUAUCUCGAAUGGAUCGCAGAUAACAUGAAUUACAGUUAAAUUGUAUAAUUGGUGCUGUUUUAUAAGAAUUGUACAUAAGAACGAAAUGAAGAAUAAACAACUCUAUGCAAUUGGUUUAUCUACUUACUAUUACAAAAAAAUUAUAAAUACUCAGAUAACUACUUAAGUAAUAAAAAAUGAUUUAUAUCUUAUGUCCAAUAUUUUGAGGUACAAUAAUGUCUAUAUAUAU